AUGAUCCACAAAUCGCCAAGGGCCAAUGUCCUUCUGAUGCUCAUGCCAAAUGGAACCGUUUGGCUGAAUUAUAGAGUGAGCUUCCUUUUUCUUUUUCCUAGAGAAAAGUACAAGAAAAUAGGAAAGUGACAGAAAUUAAAUGAAGAUAAAUAAAAUAUUUGAACAAUCAGAUAAAAGGGAGUGAUUACUUAACUGCUUCUAAAUGCACAAGCAAUUGAAACUCAGCGAAUAAACAAGAAAGAGUGAAUAAACAAUCAAAGAAAAAAAAAUCAAAAAAAAAAUUUCACCGUAAAAAAUUUGCGGGGAGCGAAAAGUUCAAAAAAUGCCAGUAGGGCGCAGCUUCUCAGCCAAUUAUUUUAACAAAACACAUUUUAUUUUUCCACUCUCAAAGUUUUGUUUUCUAAUUUUCAGAUACGUGUCCAAUCACCAUGCUCAAUGAACCUCGAAAGAUUUCCUAUCGAUCGUCAGAUUUGUAUGCUGGUGAGUCUUGAAAAAUUUCUAAUUUUUGAAGCUGGGGCUAGAAAAAAUUUUCAUUUUUUAUGACGAACUUCAUUUUUAGGAGCUGGAAAGCUAUUCGUACAACACGGCAAAUGUGAGGAUUGAUUGGAUGCCGCACGCCGUCACAAUGUUGCCUGAUAUAUCUUUGCCGGAUUUUCAUAUGGACCGAAUUGAAACCAAAAAACAUACAGAGGUUUUUUUAAAUUUUAGAUUGGGGAAUUCUUGACCAAAUUCAAGGUUUUUUUGAGGUGAAUUUUGAGUUUGAAUUGAGAAAAAUUGAUAAAAAGUAAUUUUUCAGGUCUACAAGGCUGGUGAAUGGUACCGGCUCACUGCAGAGUUUGAAUUUAGCCGGAAGUAUGGGUUCUACAUUUUUCAGGUUAGGAGAAUAUGUUGAAGAAGUUUUUUUAAAAGUUCUUGUGGAAAAAAAUUAUUAGGAGUGGCUUUGGCAAUGAUGAAAAAGGACUAAUCGAAAUUUUGCAAAGAAAAGUUCAAUUGCAUCAAACUUCUGUUGGACCUUUGCCAGGAAAUAAUCGAAAAAUUGACAUUUUUGAGUAAAAUAAGAAAGUCAGUUUUAAGAUGUACCUGCCAACAUAUAUCAGCGUUUUCAUCUCUUGGAUCGCUUUUUGUAUCGAUACAAAAGCCCUACCUGCGAGAAUCGUCCUCGGCGUCAAUUCCUUAAUGUCCCUGACUUUUCAGGUAUCACUUUCCAAGAAUAAUCUGUAGAUAAGGUCAAUUGCUUUUGAAUUGAAAGGCGAGAUAAAUAGAUUAACAAGAGUUUUUGCGAUGCGGCUUUUCAGCGGUAAAAUAUCUGUCUAAAAACAAGCCACCUUCCUCGAAAUUUUUUUCAAUAUCUUUAUUUUUUUCUGUGGUUUUUUUAGUUGAACGAAUAGAAGUAUAAAAAAAUAAUAAAAAAACUUAUUUUUUUUCAUUUUCGCGUCGCACACGCAACACUACCCAAUCUACUAAUCUCGCAUUUCAAGUCAGGAAAACGGAGUAUAUGAGACAUGAUUUCAGUUUGGAAACAUAAUUCGUUCUUUGCCACCGGUAAGUUAUAUAAAAGCCAUCGAUUUGUGGAUGUUCACCUGUACGGCCUUCAUUUUCGCUUCUUUGCUCGAGUUGGCCUUCGUUGCUUAUCAGGUCAAUUUUUUUCUUUUUUCAUCAUAUCUACGGAUCUUCCACCGCGGAGUUGCUAGGGAUGUAAGAAAAACGAACUUUUUGCGUUGAUUUUUCUUCAAUCUCUCAUUUUGAACUGAGUUUUCUGAUUCUUCAGUUUUUUGUUUCUCAGUCAUAUGUGUUUCCGGGUAUUGAGCUCGAAAAGUGAGAUUUGGACGCGCUCUUUUUUUCUGUUUGAAGGGUAGAGAAUAAAAUCUAAAAUUAAAAAAAAAAACAGUGAUAAAUAACAUCAGUUUGGGAUGAUUCCUGUUGCAAAUUGUGGACGAAAAGCUUUUCAAAGACUGUUUUUCAGGACAAGAAGCUGAUUUUGAAGUCAAGUAGAUCCAAUGCGACCCUUGGAGCGAUUCUUCAGUUCAUGCGGGCUUUUGAACCAAUCGCCAAUGACGCAUAUCGAAUUUGCGUCGUUCAACAUUCUGAUCACGGGGUAAAUUGCUGUAAAAACUGAGCAUUGAUUUCCAAAAAUUCGGCAAAUACAUGAGUUGUAAGAAGCUGAAAUAUUCAGGAGACAAAGCUCUACAAUGAAAGUUAGCUUUUCGAACAGCACACCAGCAUUUUUUCCACAGUAAUAUCUCAUUUUUUUGAAAAUACCUCAGCGACCACUGGCAUGCUCUCCUAGAGUGACCAAUAACUAAAACCCUAAAGUAGGGACUUUUGCAAGAUCCAGGGUUUCUUUGGGAAAGACUAGGUGGUCCCUAAAGGGGCCCCUUCAAGAGCUACUCUAUGGAAUCAGCAAAGGCUAAAGAAGAGUUCAAAAUUGAGCUCUCAGUCUCGAUGAAUCUGCGCUCCAAGGCAAACUUGCAGACGAACGCGAAGCCGUCGGGAGCUUCGACGUCGAUGCAAAGCGUGGCGAAGCCAUCCUCGUCUACUCUCACCUUGGAAGAUGACGAAGUCGACGUCCGGGAAAUCGAAGAAGAAAUCGCCCAUUACAAGAAGCUGACCUACGUCCAGAAGAAGCGCGAAAUUCUUAGCCUCGGCGCCAAAAUCGACCGCGCCUCUUUCAUCGCCUUUCCGUUGGUUGGUUCAAGAAAUUUUCACCGUUUCUUUUGAAAUCAAACACACCAUUCAAAGAUAAUUGACAUGGGAACUGAUAUGAACUAAGAAACGGCAAUCUGGCGUUACAAAAAAUUGAAAAAUCCCUUGUGGGAUGUUCACACGGGUAACCUUUUCAAGAAACACCCGACCCGAACCGACUUGCGCUAAAUUACAUAUGAUAGUGUUAAGACUUGAUACUCCCUCCGUAAGCCUUUCAAAGCUGAGAACAAUGGUUUGCCGUUCCUAAAACGUUUAAAAUUGGAACUAGCCUAAGUUACUAGUUUGUCAAUCACUAAUGGCAGAAAUGAGGUGUUGGUAAGGAGAUUCUCCAAGAUUUACAGCAAUUCUUUAAAAGUAAAUUUGAAAUUAUGUAGUUGAAACAUUUAAGUGUUGCAUAACCUAUGAAGAACAGGCUCUUCGCCUCGAUACUUACAUAAAAGAGCCCUGAUAAACAAAAAAAAAAUUCAAUUUGAUAAGAUUUUUGAAAAUUGAAAAAAAAGAGCGAAUUUUUUCGACUUUUUUGUACAUUUUCCAUUGUCCGGUGGAAUGACACAUGUCGUCGACAAACACCCGAUACAUUCUUCGUGAUAAGACAUUUUCACUGACCAAAUUGCGUAUGCCUACGAACUGUAGGAAGCUUUUCGCUACUUUUUUGUUGCUCUUUUCUUUUUCAAAAAAUUAUAUCGCGUUUAAAAUCGUUUCGAGCUUGAAAAAUGUAGAACUAGAAGCUUUCAUCUAAAUAACCCUCUAGUGAACCCUUGAAUUUAUAGUUUUCAGUGUUUCAAAACAAACAUUGAUAUUGAAAUUGUCUAUUUUUCCUUUCUAUUAAAAUUAUAUUUGAAACUGUAAUAGUCUUUUUUUCUAUAUUGAAUUUUUUUGAAAUUUUCGAUUUGGAAAAUUGAGAAAAACUUUUUUUUUGAGUUGAAAGCUUCUCAUGGCAUUAAUUACGACCUUUUUUGAAUUUUAAAAAUUAUAAGAAUAACGGAAAUUUUAUUUAAUUUCGGAUGACACUCACGGAAUUUUCAAAUGUCCAAUAAACUGUUUUCAAAAAUCUUAGAAACAUGACUCUUUUUUUAGAGUUUUCUUUGAAACGUGGCUGAAGUCUUCUGAUCAUAAAACUAGAGAAAAAUGUGUUUUCUUUCGCUUUAUAGUCUUUUUGAGACGCUUCUAACCUUGCUAAAUCUUAUUUCUGGAAUCUGGAGGUCCUGAACAACAGCUAAUUACCGUUAAAAAAGCUAUCCUGGUCAGUUUCAAAUCAGAAACGUUUUUCUUUCAACUUUGAGAACCUGAAAAGUUGGCAAGAAUCGUAAAAUCGGCAUGAAACAUAAAUAAAGAGAAAAAAAGAACUGUCCCGUUUCCACUCGAAGGGAGGUCAAAAGCAAAAAAGAGGGGCCAAAGAUGUAAUGGAAUAGAAGAAAACCUGUUCCGCGACCUCACUUUCUGUGUUUUUUUUUCUCCUUUUUGGUUGUAUUUCUCGAUUUAUCUCUUUCCAUUCUCCUCCCAGAAAACUCAUUACCAUUUUCAUUUCCAUUUUCAAUUUCCAGUCGUUCCUCGCGUUCAACGUCUUCUAUUGGACCUACUACCUGCAGGAGGUGCCGCCUACGAGGCCCUGA